AAGGCUCGCCGAAUUUGCCGUACAAGGCAGAUGUCGGUGACCUCUUCUCAAUUUCUGUAGAUAUUUCUAGAAAAACAAUUAUAAAGAUCUUUGCAAUAGUUAUAAUAACCAAUAACUUCCAAAGAUUACAUAGUUGAGACUGAAUAAAUAGGUAACUCCAUUAGUCGAACGCCUGCGAGGUCAUGCAUCUAUUUCGGUACCCACGCUGCUAAGCCGAUUGGUCGGCUGAAAGGUGCAAGCAUAUUGUAAUUUCACUAAAUAUGAUAUUUAGUACAUAUCGCUAAACCAAUAAAUAAUCUAAAUUCGACUGAACUGUGCAGUAACUAUUCGCAAAUCAUUGCCAAAGGAAUUUUGUGUGUGCACUUCGUUCUCACUAAAACUUCUUAAUAGUGAAUAAAUUGUGAUGAAAAUACGGACCAUUACGAGAGAGAAAAUGGUUAUUAAUAUGUUGUUUGUGGUGCUCCUUACUUUAUGUCCAAUUGUCUAUGCAGAUGACGGUCCGCCAGAAGAUGGUAUACUGGAGAUUCAUGUAUCACUGAGUCCCAAGACCUGCCAUGAAAAAUGUGGUUGUGAAGAAAUGUAUUUCUAUGAUGCGGCUACCGACAGAUGUCUAAUCAAUUUCACAAGAGUAUUUAAAAAAGUCGUUACUAAUUAUGAAAACCUUGAUAGUAAUAAUUUACCUGACGAUGAAAUGGCAAAACAACUCUACAUAGAAAGUCAAAAAAUAUUUCAAGGAAUUAUGGUAUCAGUUUUCUUGUUUAUCGUGUGUGCAGCUGUUUGUGUGAUAUCAGCGUGUAUUUAUUGUUGCCGCAUAAACUACACGGAUCGGUCAUUGAAAUCUAAUGUAAAGAAAUUGGCGAAAAAACUGAAUACAGAUUACAAAACGAAGAAGCCAUUAGUAAAACCACCUCUGGCACCAGCUUCACAAACUUGUAAUGUUAUUGUAGAAGAUGCGGGAGUAUUUGUUGUUUAGUUCUAAUGAAUACAACUAGAAAUGUUAUUUAUAAAAAAGUAUAAUAAAAGUGAUUUUAAGGAAAA